GAUUACAUCUGCAAAAUGGAGCUACUACCAUUAGUGGAGUUGAAUGUAGCUAAACUUUACAAUCCAUUGUUCCUAUCUGUUAUUCUCCUUUUCUCCCUCGUAAUUUGGCUUAAACUAGCAAAAGGAAAGAAACUUAAUCCGCCUCCAUCACCCCCAAAGUUACCGAUCAUCGGCAACAUCCAUCAAUUAGGCAAACUUCCCCACCGCUCUCUCCUAGACCUCUCUAGAAAGUAUGGCCCUCUCUUGCUUCUGCAAUUGGGGCAUAAUCCAACUCUAGUGGUAUCAUCAGCAGAGAUGGCUAGAGAAAUCGUCAAAAAUCAUGACAUUGUUUUCUCAAACAGACCCAGGACCACAGCGGCAAAUAUCUUGCUUUAUGGAUGCACGGAUAUUGGUUUUGCACCUUAUGGUGAGUACUGGAGACAAGUUAGGAAGAUCAGUGUAAUUGAGCUCUUCAGCCUCCGAAGAGUACACUCAUUUCAGUUUGUAAGAGACGAAGAAGUCGAACUUCUUAUCAACAAAAUCAACCGUGCCUCUCUAAAAGGACAGUCUAUUAAUCUAACGGAGAUGUUGAUGGCCGUUUCGAAUAACAUAGUGUCUAGAUGCGUUCUUAGUCGGCGAGCUGAAGAAGAAGAUGGUAGCAACAAGUUUGGGCAGUUGGCAAGAAGGAUUAUGGCUCUCCUCGCGAGUUUUUGUAUUGGGGAUAUGUUUCCUUACUUGAGGUGGCUGGAUGUGCUUACCGGAUUUAUUCCAAGUUUGAAAGCAGCUUUUGGAGAAAUAGAUACAUUUUUGGAUCAGAUAAUUGAGGAGCACAGAGGCUUGAUAAGCCAUGACCAUAUGUCUGAUAAAAAGGAUUUUGUUUCUAUUACCCUCCAACUCCAAAAGGAUGGCAUGCUUGAGAUGGACCUCACUCAAGACAACAUCAAAGCAAUCUUACUGGAUAUGUUCAUCGGAGGAACUGAUACCACUUCAACAACAACAGAAUGGUUGAUGGCUGAACUCCUACGGCAUCCAAAUGUCAUGAAAAAGGUCCAAGAAGAGGUAAGAAGUGUGGUUGGAAAGAAAUCAAAGGUAGAUGUAGAGGAUAUAAAUAAAAUGGUCUACUUAAAAUGCGUCAUCAAAGAAACAUUAAGACUACAUCCCCCUGUUCCUCUCCUGGUUCCUCGAGAAACAUCCGCAAGUGCUAAAUUGGAAGGCUAUGAUAUUCCUUCCAACACCACUGUCUUUAUCAAUGUAUGGGCAAUUCAAAGGGAUCCGAACUGGUGGGACAAACCGGAGGAGUUCAUUCCAGAGAGGUUCGAGAAUGUGGCCAUUGACUUCAAAGGUCAAGAUUUCCAGUUCAUCCCAUUUGGCUGUGGAAGAAGGGCCUGUCCUGGGAUGCCAUUUGGAGUUGCUUCUGUUGAAUAUGUGAUUGCUAACCUUCUCUAUCGGUUUGAUUGGACGUUACCUCCUGGUGAAAUUGCAGAGAACUUGGACAUGAGUGAACUCUACGGGCUAACUGUCAACAAGGAAAUCCCUCUUCAUGCUCUAGCAAUUUCUCAUUUGUCUAUUUAG